AUGGGAUUGAAGGGAUUCGUCGAAGGCGGCAUAGCAUCAAUUGUCGCCGGAUGUUCAACCCACCCACUUGAUCUCAUUAAGGUUCGUAUGCAGCUGCAAGGCGAAAACACCCACCAUGCGCAGCUGGGAACCAACAACAAAGUUUCUCGGCCUCCGCGUGUGGGUCCCAUUGCGGUUGGGAUGCGGAUCGUCCAGCAAGACGGAGCAGCAGCGCUCUUCUCCGGCGUAUCCGCAACCAUUCUCCGCCAAACGCUUUAUUCCACCACCCGUAUGGGUCUCUACGACAUGAUGAAGAACAAAUGGACGGAUCCCGAGACCGGAAACAUGCUUUUGUGGAAGAAGAUCGGUGCCGGAUUAAUCGCCGGUGGGAUCGGCGCCUGCGUCGGGAAUCCGGCCGACGUAUCGAUGGUCCGCAUGCAGGCUGACGGAAGGCUUCCGGCUGCAGAGCGUCGCAACUACAAAAGCGUGGUGGACGCUCUAUCACAUAUGGCCAAAAACGAAGGGAUCGGUAGCCUGUGGCGCGGUUCAUCGCUUACGGUGAACCGUGCCAUGUUAGUGACCGCAUCGCAGUUAGCAUCGUAUGAUCAGAUCAAAGAGACGAUCUUAAAGAAGGGUUUGAUGGAAGAUGGGUUGGGGACCCAUGUGGGUGCGAGCUUUGCAGCUGGGUUCAUUGCUUCAGUGGUUACGAACCCAAUCGAUGUGAUCAAGACUCGAGUCAUGAACAUGAAGGUGGAACCAGGAAAGGCUCCGCCGUACGCGGGUGCCACGGAUUGCGCCAUGAAAACCAUAAAGAGUGAAGGUCCGAUGGCGCUUUACAAAGGGUUUAUUCCGACGAUAUCUAGGCAAGGACCAUUUACUAUCGUGCUCUUUGUCACACUGGAACAAGUCCGGAAAUUGCUAAAGGAUUUUUGAAUUUCAUUGAUUGAUGAUGACGACGACAAAUAUUUCAGUAUUGGCGUAACAAAAAGUUACCAUAGUUUUAUUAUUUUUUUGUUUUUAUUUUGAAAAAAUGAAUAAUUUAAUUAUAUUACAUCUUUAAAAAAUUUAAUGCAAGUGUUUACGUAUUAAGCAUGUAUUCAGAAAAGCUAUUAUUUAUAAGAAUAAAACGAAAUACAAAAA